AUGGCCGCGCGCGUCCACCACAGGUCCCUCCCGCCUCUCCUCCUCCUCCUCCUUGCAGCCGCGCUCCCCGCCGGCGCCCUCCGCUUCGACCUGCAUUCGGGCCACACCAAAUGCAUCUCCGACGACAUCAAGGUCGGCGCCAUGGCCGUCGGCAAGUACCACAUCGUGGCCCCCGACGACGGGACCCCUUCCCUGUUGUCGUCGUCGCAGCAACUCCCGGACUCGCACCGCUUCUCGCUGCGGGUCACCUCGCCCUACGGCAACAGCCUGCACUACGCGGAAAACGUGCACUCGGGCAACUUCGCCUUCACGGCCUCAGAGGCCGGCGACUACCUCGCCUGCUUCUGGGCGCCCGACCACCGCCCGCCGGUCACCGUCGCGUUCGAGUUCGACUGGCGCAGCGGCGUAUCCGCCAGGGACUGGAGCGCCGUCGCCAAGAAGGGCCAGGUCGAAACAAUGGAGGUAGAGCUCAGGAAGCUGGAGGAUACUAUCAAAUCUAUCCAUGAAGAAAUGUUUUACCUUCGUGAACGGGAAGAAGAGAUGCAGAAAUUGAACCGGAGAACGAACUCGAGAAUGGCUUGGCUUGGUUUCCUUUCACUUGCCAUCUGCCUAUCGGUGGCAGGGCUGCAGUUGUGGCACCUGAAGAAUUUCUUUGAGACAAAGAAGCUUCUAUGAUUCAUUCUUUUAUAGACCCAUAACAUCUAGGCACAGAUUUUGUGUUAGCAUUCCUAUUACUUUUAUCGGCCGAAAAAUUCCUCAAGAGGAACAAAGAUGCUUGUACAGCUGCCCUUUAUUUUCCUAGGCUAAAUUGAAUAGAUGUAAAGUUCAAAGCAGAAUAAUGUUUUGUUUUUGCUUCUUCUUUUUUUGUUGGUGAACCAAGUUAU